AUGGGGAAUCCGGACCAGAAACCGUGGCUGUUUAAUCUUCGGUCGUCCGAGACCUUUCUCGUGCUGACCGUGUCGAUCGCGAUUUUCACUAUCGUUCCUAUUAUUCCGGUUGCGCUUGUUGAGCGAGUAGGUGCUCGUCCGCAAGAUGCACAAUACCUUGUUUCGAUACUGUUAGCUGUAUAUGGUGGUACACUUCUCGCUGGAUCGCGUAAGUCCAAUCAAUUCCAUCCAUCUGAAUCCAAGCUAAAGGAUAUAGCGCUGUUCGGGUAUUUCGCCGACAAAUCUUCCUCGAGAAAACUUCCCUUUGUCCUCGGACUUAUUGCCUUGGGAACAUCCACAGCUCUUUUUGCCUUUGCCCGCACGUUCCCGAUCCUGGUUAUUGCGCGCGGUCUCCAGGGAUUCUCGGCUGCAGCUGUCUGGGUCGUUGGUCUUGCUAUCGUGUCUGAUAAUGUGCCCCCAGAGCGGAUCGGCGCGGCGCUCGGGACCACGACCAUUGGAUUGACGUGGGGAUUUCUCCUCGGACCCAUGGUCAGUGGGUAUAUUCAUGACACGUUUGGGUACUAUGGAUGUUUUGCGAUCCCAGUGAUAUUGAUUGUGGUGGAUGUUGUGUUGCGGUUCGCGAUGAUUGAAUUGCCAAAGGUCGAUCAUCGUAAACCUGAACCUCAACCUGAACCUGCUCAGCACUCUGACUCUGAUUCCGAUUGUCAAGACAAUCUUUAUGAUACUUUCAAUGCCAAUGACAUUCGACAUCCGCGCCGAUUAUCUCGACGGGAGCGUGAGAGGGAAGAUGCUCCUCUGUUGGGACCUUCCUCACAGUCUGUUGAGCACCCUGCGAAAGAUAAUGAGCAACAUGCGACUAUCCUAAGUCUUCUGCGAACUCCACGACUGCCACUUUCUCUGGUGGCGACAACGUCCAUGGCAAUCACACUCUCGGCCUUAGAGACUGUACGUAUAUGGCUCCAUCUCUCCCUUUCGAAACUAACAAUUUUUCAGUCAUUGCCAUUAUUUACCAUGGAAACCUUUGGCUGGACCCCCAAGGGAGCCGGCUUAAUAUUUCUUGCCUUAACCGUACCAAGUUUUGCCGGAGUGCAGAUUGGCAAGCUAAUCGACUCAAUGGGAGUCCGCAUCCUAGGUACCUUGUCUUUCGUGGGCUGCUGCGUCGCCUGGAUCUUGAUGCGACUCGUCACCGAAUAUUCACCCGGCCAUAUAGCCUUGUUGGUGGUGUUUUUGCUCGUCUUGGGUCUAACAAUUGUCACCAUCGAGAUCAUUGCGAUGAUGGAGGUAUCGCAAGUAAUUACGGAUUACGAAGCUGAAUUCCCAGGGGUGUUCGGAGAAAAGAGCCCUAUUGCCCAGGCCUACGCACUGUUCAAUAUGUCCUUUGCGGCAGGCCAGCUUCUGGGCCCUAUGAUGGCUGGUCCGAUUCGUGUCAACGGUGGUUGGGGGACUAUGACCCUGGUUCUUGGGCUUCAAGCUGGCUUGACUGCCAUUCCCUUUAGCCUUUUCAGCGGUCCACCGCGGAAGGCGUCGAGGACCGAGUCUGCCGGCCCUGUUUAG